CGGAGUAUUAGGGUCUCAUUAAGAAAACAAAAGAUUAUCGACCAGAUUUUGAGGUUGAAGUCAUAAUUCUGUUUUGAGAAAUGUGAAGGCCCACGGUUGCUGUUCCCUCUGAGUCGGUUUUAGUAACAGGGAAAGAAAUGAUUUGUCUUUUAGAACAUAAACACAGUCAUGGCUGUAACGAUGUUGAAAAGCUUUUGGUCACAUGUAAAACACAAAACCUUGAAAGAGUGGAUUUGUACAAAAUACAAUGACUGGCAGUGGACAGAUGCAAGCUCAUCAAUAGUUACACCCUCUACAAUAAAGAAGAUGUGUGCUGUGUCACACGACGGCCCAUCGACUUGUUUCACUAACUUAUCUGCACGAGGCAUUUUGCAAACGUGGCAUUUUAUCUUCAAAGAACAAAGGAGCCAAAGACUGCAAUAGAGAAGGCUAUACUGAAUCUUGUGGGAAUUCUGUCAACUUCCCAGUCUGAUAUUAGGAGUGGAACUGCAACCACAUCUGUUACAGCGACAGUGCCUCAGCAAACCCCAAGAGUUUUUCAUUGCUAUGCAGAUGACACGCAGCUCUAUCUAUCCAUGAAGCCAGGUCAUUUCCAACAAUGUUUCAAAGAAGGCAAUCCAAAGGAACGAGGCCUUUCCCAGCUCCUAGUAAUGUCAUACAUGCAGUUCGCAACCUUCAGUUGCAAUUCUGUCUUUUGCCUGAUUCCACGACAAAAACCCCAAAGAAUGAAAUACGACUUCUUCAAGCUGGACUUGGAAGGCGAACUCUCAGCAUAGCUGACAAUGCUGAUCAUGAAGAAAUUACUAUAGCUCUGCAUGAAGAGUAUCCGAAGAUGAAGGCCCUAACUGGUGGAUGGCUCUUGUAUAAAGCAGGAGGUGGUAGCGGACAGAGAAAUCUCUCUCUAGUAUCUCAGGGAACACAAGGCUACACAGCCAAGACGCUCAAGAUGGCCACCAACAAUGGAAAAAAUACACUUUAUAUUGUCCCUCUCCAAGAAAAAAUUGAUACUACACCUCUUCCACACGAUGCUGCAGAAUUCAGCAAAAUGCCGAAGUCUCAGUGCAAGACCUGUGGUGUGACUAUGCCUCUUCAGCUACUUGUUUGUCACGUAGAAAACUGUGUACAAGAAGCUGCGUGUGAAAGCAUGACUGACCAGGCACAUCAGAAUGAAGUCCAAUUGGAGCCUUCUUGUCCUGUUUGGGGAAAUCGUUAUCCUCCAGAUGACUUGGUCUUGCAUGCCAGUACAUGUGGUGAUCGUGAAGUGGAUGACCUGCAUCAUACAGCACAUGAAGUCAGAGACACACUUCUCAAUUUUGCUGCUGAGAUGAACACUGACAUCCCAGCCAACAAUAAGGAAGUAGAACAGUGGGAAAAGGCCAGUGAUCCCCAAGAUGCUGCAGUUUUGUUUAAGAGGCAUCUCUUAAAGGAAAAGGAGGAGAACCCCACAAUCACAGCUAUCAUUGACAUUCGACAAGAUCAAACAUCCCAGAGCCGAGAGAUCAUUGCUUUCUACAAAAGACCACAGAUUGAUUGGGCAGGACCUUUUCGUUGUUCUUUACAAGGUGACACAGCUGUUGGCACUGGGGUCCAGAGACAUUUUUUCAGCAUGGCAAUGCUAAAGUUGCAACAUGGCUUUAACAUCCAUAGCGGUGCAUCCAACAUGACCCUUCUCUUUGAGGGACAAGAGAACCAUCUAGUGCAUUCUACUUCUCAGAUUAUGGCAGACAGUGACUUAUUUGUGGUAGCAGGCAGAAUGAUUGGGCAUUCAUUUUUGAAUGAUGGGCCACGAUUGCAUGGCCUCAGCAAGGCUAUUAUUCACAUGUUGGUCCAUGCUGAUAGAGACACUGUCACUGUCCAGCUCGAUGAUGUGCCAGAUCUAGAUAUUCGUUCUACAAUUUGCAUGCUUGAUGGUAAUAAACACAUCAGCGAGCAGCAGAAGGAUGACAUUAACAAUUUGGCCAUUUCCUGGGACUUGCCAGCCGUCAGUGCAGAAAACCGCAGAUGGCUGUUCGAACAGCUUCUCCAUCAUGCAGUGACAGGCCGAACUAAAAGGCAGACAAAACACAUCAGAAAAGGUCUGAAGGACACCGAAUUGUUGACUAUGCUUCAACAAAGACCUGACACAGCCUCAGUGGUCUUUCCCCAGCAUGAAGACAGCAUUCUUACUGCACAGGCUGUUCAUAGCCACAUUGUUUGGCCAGGAGAUGAGGGCGAUGAUGAAGACGAUGAUGAUCCACCUUACCCACUAAGCAUCCAAAUGCAAACAGUGGGAUUUCUGAAGACCUACAUUGAAACAGCCACUCCAUUCCAGCUCAGCCAGCUGAUGAGGUUUUGGGUCGGGUGGGAAAUUCCGACUGGUACCAUGAAGGUUGAAGUAGUCAAAGCAGACUACCUCAUAUCCUCUACAUGUUUUGGAACGUUGCGUGUGCCUGGGCACUUCCACGAGUACAAUGUCUUCUCCAAACAUGUUGAUGAUUGCAUUGCAACUUGUGCCACAGGUUUCGGCCUUAUUUAAAAGCAAUUUGUAGACACUGGAUGUCGAAUAAACUUUACCAUGCUUGAAAAAUGUUUUACGUAGCCAAAAGUUUCACUGUUACUUAGGCUUAUUGAUUUCUUGGGAAUAUUGUUAUGCGAGUUUAAAUAUAAAAAUUAAAGUUACAGUUCCCACCAUUAACAUUUAUAUUUGAAGUUAAGGAACUAAUGAUUGUGUUAUUUAGGGUUGUUUUGUUAACUUAAAGUCAUUGUCAUGCAUCCGAUUCACAUCAUCUCUUUGUUUGAAGCAGUUUCAUGGAUUACAAGAGGUGAAAAAAAGUAGAUUAAUACUAAAGCUGUAUUAAAUGUUACACACAGUCCAAUGCUGUUGAAUAUAAUGUUAAUAAAAAUCUGCCACACUGUCA